AUGAUGGCAGCUGCGGCGCCUAUGGGGGCGCCAGGGGUCUUCGCGGCAAUGCAGAUGAGGAAGGACACAGAUGGUAAAAUGAGAGCGGCCACGGCUGAGGGUACGCCGGUACCGAUGAGUCAGGAGGAAUACAAUACUCAGGUAGCUAUGUUACGAGAUAUAGAGGCCAGGCAUGCUAAGGAGACCGAGUCGCAGAGGCAGCAGUGGGUUCGUCAACAGGAGGAGGCUCGUAAUAGAGCGGAGGAGUUGAAGGAGGAAGAAAGUUCUAGUGAUGAGGAACCCGAGGAGGAUGCUACGGAUAAGCGUAAAGGAUAUCCCGCGCAUAUGAAGUUGGAUGAUGACGAUGCUAGUGACGAUGAUGACGGCUAUGAUGGUGAGAGGCCUUGCUGGAUGGAUGCUCGUCCAUCGAAUCAAGUGGAUACCAUGACUGACAGCUGUGAAGGGUUAAUGGGCAUGCUACACUGGGAUGCGGACAGGCCAGGAGAUAAGGGAGGAAUUG